CGCUACGAACCGCCACUAAUUUAAAUUGAACUCAUGAUUCUAUUCAGUGUUCACUUUGUGACGUUAUGUAGCAUCAAGAAAUUGACGGAGCCACAGAAACGGAACGUAAAGAAAUUGAAUAUCAAUUUAUAUUUUGUGGUUAAUUAAUCAAACGUCGGAGUGUCAUAUUACGGCAAGAUGAUGUCGCUACAACACAUGAAAAAUGUGUUACCUGUCAUACAACAAACACUCGCACAGAGACAUUUCCAUAUGAGUGCAGUUCUCAGCAAAGUCCAGUCUGGGCGAUACAAAAUCACAGUUAACAAAGACAAGCCACUGACAUAUGAAAUGGCAAAUCCACCUCAUUAUAUAGCUCACAGAAAGUCUUGGAACUCUUGGAACACCUCAAACAUUAAGGAUGGCAAUAGGCCAUCUGAAACAGCUAUAGAGGAUAUAUUCAUUCGACAGUUCAUGAGAGGCACCUGGCACAAUUUAUUUGCUAGUGAGGUUAUUAUUAAACGGCAGCACAAUAUUAUUAGGAUAGCUGGAAUCAUCACUCGUACCAUAGCACCUACAAAGAUAUAUUUCUUAAUUGGUUAUACAGAAGAGUUCUUAAGUUAUUGGCUGCAAUGUCCUAUCAAAAUAGAACUGGUAACAACUAAUAGCAAAGAGGAUGUAAUAUUUAAGUAUAUAUAAAUAAUGUAAAUCUGAGACUCUUGUAAUAUUUGUUAUGAUUGACUUUGCACAGUGCAAAAUAAAUUGGUUGUUUUGUUAUAAUUUAA